AUGCGUCCGGCCAUUACGAUCCCCGCGUCCGCUGCUGGCACGAAGUCGCCAUCGUCGCCCGCGUCCUCAGCCAAGCCUUCUAUCAAGCCGGAACCUUCGUCUCCGAUCAUGGUUUCGGCCAUCGCUCCGCCUGUGCCCCGGACUUCGCGUCCUGCGGUGAAGUCGGAACCGUUGGAGUCGAAGCCUCUCAGCCUUGCUGCUGUGCAGGCCUCCACGGCGCCUGUAUCCGCUCCGCUGAAUACACCACAACAGGCCCCUCCCAGCACCAACAGCCCAUCUCGCGGUCUCUUGACCAUAAAGGUUCCAGUAGUCCCCGCGCCAGUAUCGCUUCCCUCCCCGACGCCCGCGCCCGCGCUUCCAGGCGUUUCGGAAGCUGUCAAACAAACCUCCAAUGCAAGCAGUGCGCCCGGCUCCAGCGCAUCAUCGACCCCUCCUCGGACGAGCGCUGCACUCGCAGCGCGCACUUCUGCGUCUGUCCCUCCCACGCCCUCCUCCCCUCCUGCCGUGCACGCUUCCUCCAGACCACCCGACGCGCAUGGCCCCUCUCGUUCUUCCGCCUCCCCUCCGAACGUCGUGUCCCAAGAACGGACAGGCGCGGAAGCCAGCGCCAACGCCGACGCCGUCCUGCGCUUCUGCAAAGAGAUCGGGCUCACUGUCGCCGUCGCGGAGAAGCUGCGCGCGCUGGGGAUCACGGACGACGACCGGAUCGCCGCGCUCGGGCACGUGUGCGCGCAGUCGCGGGAGAUGCUCGCGCGGCGGCUCGAGGACGUCGGGCUGGAUUGGACGGCGCGGUUGCUGGUCAUGGACGGGAUCGUCCGGCGCCGGGCGGGGAAGCAAGCUUGA